CUGGCCUGAAUGGUGAUGGAAAAUACAAAUAAGUUUUUUAAUUUUGUCACGAGUGUUCAACAAUAUAAUUCACCCAUUAAUAUUUUCAUUCAAAAUUGAAAAUACUUGACGUGGCGCAUAUGACUUUAAAGAUGAAUUUAAGCGAUCCAGAGUUGGAAUUAGUGGACCCGACUCCAAAUGUCCACUCUCUAUUCCUACAUUUUGAUCAAGUAUUCUUCUGGACUAAGCUGGCCAGCAGGGCCGUGGUCCGUUGGAGUAAGCGGAUGUAUUCUUGUGCUGGGAUAUGUUCAUAUGACAGAGGAGGACUCUGCGACAUAGCCCUCAGUGAGCCAUUACUCAAGCUACGCCCUCGCAAAGACCUGGUGGAAACCCUCCUUCAUGAGAUGAUCCAUGCGUAUCUGUUUGUGACUUGCCGUGACCAAGAUAGGGACGGGCAUGGGCCAAAUUUCAAAGAGCACAUGCACAGGAUUAACAAGGCUGCAGGUCUCAAUAUCAGUAUUUACCAUGACUUUCAUGAUGAGGUUGAACUAUACAAAACACAUUGGUGGAGAUGCAAUGGGCCAUGUCACACUGUGAAACCGUAUUUUGGGAUUGUGCGUCGCUCGUACAACAGAGCUCCUGGGCCCUCAGAUAGCUGGUGGACUAAGCAUCAGAGAAUAUGUGGAGGUACUUUUGUAAAGAUCAGUGAACCCGAAAAUUACGGCAAGAAUAAAAAGAAUGUUGUCACUCCUAAACCUUGUGGUGAUAUCACUAAAUUUAUCAAUAUCACUAAUAAUAAUGAUACAGUAACAAAACCAAUCCUAAAAGACUCUAAUGUUAUACCUGUUAAAUCGAAUUUCAUAACAAAAAACAGUGGUAGUACAAUUGUUGUUACUAAGAGAAAUAAUGUUAUUUAUAAUCCUCAAGUUGUAAAACCACCUGUUUUUAGUGGUAAAGGUCAAACAAUUAGCGGUACAAGUAGGAUAAACUCAUUAGAUGUUGCUGAAACUGUUAGAAAUGUUUGGGCUAAUAAACAGUUAUCACCUACUUUGCCUAGUAAAAAUAAUACUAAAACCCAAGUACCAAGAAGAAACAGUGUCGGUACAAUCACAGCCAAACCCAGUAAACAUAAAGGGGAUAGUUUACAUAUUCUAUCCCCACCAAGUAAAAUAACGAAAAUCGAUGAUUAUUUUAAAAGUACUGCUACAUCAUUACUCAAAGAUUUGUAUGGCAAAGAUUUCGAAAUUAAGGAAACUAACAGUAAUAAAAGAUUAUCAGUUGUACCUGUUAACACUGAUUUAGUAGAUUGUCCGGUGUGUAAUGAAAAAAAAAGUAGUGAAGAAAUAAAUAGACAUUUAGAUGAAUGUUUGAACAAAGAAGUAAUUAAAAGUAUUAGUGAUAGUGAUGAUAAUAAGGCUGUAAUAGAUGUUACAUUAGAAACAAAUAAACUAAACAAUUAUGAUAAUUCCUUAGAUAGUGAUAAACAGAAAUCUGUUAAUGUCAAAAAAGAAAACGAUAUAGUACAGCUUGCUGAUUGGAAUGCAAAUAUUUGUAUAAAAAAUGAAAUAGAAGACAAGUCAGAUAAUCCAAAAAUUAAAACAGAACCCAGUACCAGUAAAAGUUCUAGUGUUUUAAUAACUAUAAAUGAUCAGAAAUGUCCAUGUUGUAGUAUUAUAGUCAGCAAGUCAAUAAAUGAACAUUUAGAUGAAUGUUUAGCCUUUUUUGAUGACAAUACAGAAGCACCAAUAGAGGGUGCGUCAACGAGUGCGAGCCAUACAAUUGUUAUAGAUGAUGAUGAUGACAUAUUAGAUGAAACUUUGACAUUGAAUGAGACUGGUACAAAGUUCCCAUGUCCGUGCUGUUUACAAAUGAUUGAACAAGAUGAUAUGAAUAAUCAUUUGGAUUUAUGUUUGAGUUAAAUUUUGUUGUUUUUAAACCAAGGCAACUGUUAUUAAUUGUUAGUUUAUAAUUAAUUAUUAUGUUACCAGUCCUGCAUUUGAAUUCCCAUUGUUAGUUACUUUGGUUAAGAGUUGUGAUCAGGCUAAAGUCUAAACUGUAUUGAACUUAUCUACUUAUUAUUUUUGUGCUAGUCAUCAAAUAAUUAUGAACUUAAAUAUAAACAGCUCUCCUGUAAAAUUGACAAAUUGUGUAAUUCAAGUAAUAGUAGAAUUGUGAGCUAGGCCCAUUAUUAUGCUUAUCUAUAGGCUUGUUUCAUGUCAAUGCAAUUGCAGCUGAUAAAAUAAUAAUAAUAAGGUGCUAGCUAGGAUGAUAGGAUCUGUAUUAGCCAUUUUGACCAAUGUUAUAGGGAUACAAAUUUAAUUAUUAAAUUAUUUGGGACAUAAAAAAAUGGCAAAUAAUACACAGACAAAUACAGAUUGUAAUUUUUUUGUUAUGAUUCUAGAUAGGAACUUCAUUUGCAAUUCUUUUCUUCAUAAUUCAAAGGUUUCUUAAAAAAAUUGGUUGUCUGUAAAGUCGGUUUACUGACGAUAGUUGAACGUGACAACAAAGGCCGAUUGUGCUUCUUUGUCGCUCGUUCCGCGCUCUCGCUUGCACUUCAAGCCUUACAUGGAACGCCUCAGAGCGAGGUAACACCGCAUGAUUCAUGUUUUUUCGUGCGUGCAGCCGGCUCUAUCGAAUUAUAAGACUUUGUCACGUCAAAAAUACUGUGGGAACAAUUUUUCUGGAAAGUAUCUCUGUAGCAAAUAUCAAAAUGUGUUAAACGGAUAGGCCUGGAAAAGGUAAAAGACUGACUAACUUGAGUAUUAUGGGGUUAUGACUAACUUUCUAUAUAGGUUUAAAAGAGUUUAUUUUCUCACAAAAAACAAGUUCACUUAUAUGAGAAUAAUUCCAAAUAUCAAUAUAGAAAUAACAUGAUCUUUAAAGGUACGGUGACUAUACAAUAAUAUAUUUAAACAAUAUUUCAAAACGCGUCAAACACAA